UCUCAAAAAAAAAAAAAAAAAAAAAUCUUGUAAAAAGAACAAUAUGGUCAAAUGUGGAUGUGAAAGAGAAAAGGUAGAAAGUUUUGCAAGUUAAAAGGAAGAAUUACCAUCAAGAGGACUUUGAGGUCCCAAAACAUAUCAGAUAAAAAGGUGAUAAUAUUUUAUUCCAAAGUUUUAUGGUGCUCAAAGAAUAAUACAUUAACAAAACCUAGAAUUUUUUAACCUGCAAAUAGGAAAAGUAGAUUCUUUUGUUCCUUCUUUUUUACAGCCUUUCAUCUAUUUUGCAUGUUCUCAUUGCAUCACAAAACUCCAUUAUUGAUAAGUUCACAGUACAGUAGAAAGAUCAAAUCAAGUGCAAGCAAAAAAACAUGGAAAUCUUGAUCAAGAAAGUUCAUUUUCUAGCCUUUUUGAUCUUUUUUUUGAACCUUUAUUUUUCAAGAAGUACCAUUUCACAAGAAUCACAAAGCUACUGUGGAAAUAUAAAGAUUGAAGAGCCUUUUGUUUCUCAAAACUCAAAAAAUUCAUCAUUCUUGAAGAACAUGGUGCUUUGUAGAUCAGAGAUUUUAUACUUUAAAACUUCUCUUGGCCUUUUUCAAAUUUCUUCAAUUGAUUAUAAAAACAAACUGUUAACUAUUUCUCAUAGUUCUUGUUCUUCUUCAUCCAACUAUGUAUCUCCUAAAGAUUUAUCUUCUGGAUUUCCUAAUCCCCCUACGCCUAACUCAUUACUCCUAUUCAACUGCUUAAAUUCUAAAAAUACAUCAGCCUUACAAAGUUGCCCUCACUUGAAAAAUGAAAAAGAUUCUUUUAGUUUGUGUAAAGAAGGUGUGACAAACAAAGGGUCUUUUCCUUUUUCUUGUGUGAUGGUUGAUGAUGUACAAGAUUUGGGAAAUGAGUUUCAUCCUAAAGAAUUGAACUGUUCACAUUAUAGAAGAGUUUAUAAAAGCACUUCUCAAGAUGGGAACACUAUGAAAUUUGAGUCAGGAACAAGGCUAUCUUGGGAAGUUGACCAUGUACCAAAUCCUUGUGAUGAGUGUAGAAAGCCUCAUGGUAAUUGUGGAGUUGGAUUGAGAUGCCUUUGCCAUGUAACUGGAUGCAAGGUGGAGGUUUCUGCUGGUGCAAUCAAGAAACUUAGUGAUCCUCCAAAAGCAGUGGAUUUUUGGAAGAUUCCACACAGGUGCAGUAGCUUUCAGAGAGCUCAUGCGCAACAUACCUAAAAAGUGUGUGAUGAAGAUUUCCCAGAUACUACUUUAUCAAUAUAUGUCUGAAGUGAAAAUUAUUAGUGGUGGGGUGCAUAAACCACUUAAGUAUGAGCAUGUGCAGAACUUUACUACUUGAGCAACUUAUGUAACAAGUAGGGACAUUUACAGCCCUUUAGUGAUUGCAUUGUUCAAGUUAAGCUUUUCA